GGUAGUUCCUUAUAUUACUGAUGUUUGUGCCUCCUUCGACACGAUCACCAGGAUGACCUCCCUUUGUAUCUUCACUACCUUGUGCUAUCAGAUGGAGUUGCAGUAAGAGUCUGCAGCUUUUUGAUAUUUCACUGUCCACCAUUUGUCAUUGGUGUGGUGUCUCCUCUUUCGUAUGCCUUGUCUCAGGUGUUGCAGAUAUUUAACUAAACGAGCUGAGCAAGUUUUAUUUGCCAUUACACCCACGGAUAACUCCACGAUUGGCACAAAGCAUCAAGAUCUGAUACUUUGGAUACAAAAAUGAAGAAACAUUGAACCUUCAGACUGGCAUGGUCAAGAUAAUCUACAAUAAUUCCACGUGUUGUUGCCAUUUUUGCAAAAAGCCAAGGGAUUUAACUUAAGGAAAAAAAAAGUCAUCUCAGGCCAGGAAAGUUCCUGGUAGAACAUUUCCAUAACUGCAUGUUGGUGGAUACUCCUCACAAUGGUUGUUCAUUUUCAAGACCAGCAUUAUGACCACCUCAAAAAACAAUGCCGGCAGCGAGGACGUCCCUUUGAGGACCCCAGUUUCCCAGCAAGUGACCAUUCCCUUUACUAUAGCAGGAGUCCUCCCAGAGUUGUAGAGUGGAAACGUCCCCAGGAGCUUGUUCAGUCACCACGUCUGUUCUCUGAUGGUGGCAUCAGUCCACGGGAUUUGCAGCAGGGCAGUCUGGGCAACUGCUGGUUUGUUGCAGCUGUUUCUUGUCUGGCUGGUGAUCCAUCAAUUUGGAAGAAGGUUAUACCUUCUCCUGAAGAACAAGACUGGCCUAACUCUGGUGGAAGUUCCCCACAUUGUGGAAUCUUCAGGUUCCGCUUUUGGCGCUUUGGCCGUUGGGUAGAGGUUGUUACUGAUGACCGUCUGCCCACAUCUGGAGGGGAGCUGAUAUUCUGUAGGCCUGGUCAGAAGGGCAAUGUGUUCUGGUGUUCGCUACUUGAGAAGGCUUAUGCAAAACUUAUUGGGAAUUAUGAAGCCCUAGAUGGAGGCAGCACGGCUGAAGCUCUCAUUGACUUUACUGGUGGAGUUUCCGAGACCAUCAGUCUUUGUGAAGGGAAUUAUGGGUCAGAUGAGGAAAAAAAGAAGUUAUUUAAGUCUUUGAUGAAAGCCUACUCUCGGGCAUCUCUCAUUUGUGCGGCCAUUCGGCCAAGUUCAAGUCAAGCCUUUGAAGAGGUCCUUUCCAGUGGCCUCGUAACAGGCCAUGCCUACAGUGUCACCGCCAUUAGGAAUAUAAAUCUACACUCCGGACUAUUGUCGCUUUUUCGGACACAUAAAUUGCGGCUCAUUCGUUUACGAAAUCCCUGGGGAAGCGGAGAGUGGAAGGGAGCCUGGAGUGAUGAGUCGGAUGAAUGGAAGAAAGUAAGUCGAAGAGAGAGAGAAAAGUUGGGGGUCACUGUUAACGAUGAUGGAGAAUUCUGGAUGAGUUGGGUUGACUUCUGCUCUCACUUCACUGAUAUUACUCUCUGCCGACGAGUCAACACUCACCUUCUGAGCACUCAGAAGACAUGGAAAGAAGAAUCGGCCUUUUCAGCUUGGAAGCAGCAUUCUGAUCCCCUGAGAGACAGGAGUGGUGGCUGUCCAAAUUAUAAGGACACCUACUUACACAACCCACAGUUCUGCUUUGAUGUCACGUUAGACCAGGACAAUGUUCUCAUCUCUCUGGAGCAGGAAGACCGAAGAACCCAGCGUACAGCAGGGGGCGGCGAGAACCUGCCUAUUGGAUUCUUUCUUUUUAAGGUGGAGAUGAAUCGCAAAUACCGGCUACAUGUCACUCCCCAAAAAGUUACUUCUUCAACAUACAUAAACUCGCGCAGUGUCUUGGUUCACACUGAGCUGCCACAGGGUCGCUAUGUCAUCCUCCCAACCACUUUUCAUCCCGGGGUGACUGGGUCCUUCUUCUUGAGGGUGUAUACAGACUGCGCAAGCCACCUUAGGGAACUCAAGCAAGAUGCUCCUCAGCCUUCCUGUAUGUCUUUCCUGGUGGGUACUCCACGAGUGGUCACUACCAUCACAGUGCAUGCAGCAUCAGGACUAUCAAUGCCAGGGAAUAGCAGAGACCCCGCUGUCUAUGCUAAGGUUCACUGCGAGGGCAAAAAAGUGACCUCAAGGACAGUCAAGGGACAGAAUCCAGAGUUUGACCUGAAAGCGGUAUUUUACCGCAAACAUGAGAAGCGACCUAUAAUUGUGCAGGUUUGGCUGUCUCGCUGGACCAGGGACACUUUACUGGGUAGUGUGUCAAUCCCAUGCCCUGUUGGAGAGUCCAACCAAAGUUCAGUCCUGAGACUACAGAGGAAAGACGUGACAUCUGCAGGAUACAUCAUGGUGGAGACGUCGAGCAGCUCAGACUUGACUUCACUCUGACUCUUUCAUGUCUUGUUCUCGUCUUUUUAUCUUACCACCUACUUUUUCGCUCUAGCUUUGUCUUCCUCUCCCCCUCUUUCCUGUUCUACAAUACUAUCAAUCAGCACUUCCUUUCCAUUUCUCAGUACCUUUUUUCUACUGCAUCUGAAGAUGAAGAGACUGUUCCUUAUAGUCCUCUACUUCAUAGGUGGAGCAGGUUCAGCACAACAAUCAUCCCUUCUUGAUCUAUACUUCACCAAAAGACCACCUGAUUCGUACCUAGUAUUCUGCACCCCUCAGAUCCCAGAGGAAUGGGUGACCCAACUGCACUGGAAGGAAGAACAUGCCAACGGAACGUACAGUGUCAUGGCUGUGCUAAACCCACACUGGGGAAAUUACACCAAAUUUCCUUAUCAGGAGGCGGUGAAGUUACAUAUAAAGGAUGGCAAAACCUACAUGAUGGAGAUAAUAGCCCUGGAGAUAUAUGUCUGCUGUGAAGUUGUCACAUUCCCAUCUGGGAGUAUUCUGGAAAACUGCAUAACCCUAGAGGAAAACACAGAUGUGCACAAACUCAGAUAUGCGAUUUUGGGGACAUCAGUGGUCGGUGGGUUCUUCGUCCUUGGCUCCUUUGUUCUGAUAUGUCAUAUCUGCUGGAUGAGGAAGCAUACCAGUAGGGUCUUCAGUGUUAGAGGGCCAAGGCAACAAGUAUGGACCAGAAGACAGAGAUCACACGUGCCCUACAGAAGAACCUUACCCUCCAUGAACCUUGCAUAUGAACCUCCUCAUGAUACUGAUCUUCAGAGUGACACUCCACUACCCGCAAGGACUCAUCUCCUGCUUCCACAUCUAACAAGCCAAGCACCUGCUGAAGAUCUACCCCCAAGAAACCCUACCGUGAACAGUCAUUGGCCUUCUGAAGAACUUUCUCUCAUAAAUCCUUCACCUCUUAGUUUCCCGCCCCCAAGGAACAAUGCCGCACAUGAAGUCUUGCCAACACCACAGCAAGUCUAUAGUAAUAUACACCAUCGAAACAAGCAAUACCCAAAGGCACAUCAUGGAAAAAGCUUUCAGAUUGCACCAACCAUAAACCAAAAUCACCCUGAGAUGUUCUCAUAUGAAUCUACUGAUACAUCCACCGUACCAUAUUACCAUGCACAAUCACGCCCCUGGUUAUUCAAGGGUACAUCCUGUUCUUCUGAAGACACUGCUUCUCAACAUUCCUCUAGAAUAAAUACUCCAAGGCCUCCAGAUUCUCCCUUCAUUACUAUCAAUCCCAUGUAUCAUAGUGGGACAGGUUGGACUCCUCAUCCCAAAAAUGCCUAUCAAAAGUAUGAACGUGCCUUGAUCUCAUGAAAAAAAAAUUGUAUAAGACCUUUGUACAUACCCGUGAAAGACUAUAUGGUACCUAAAGUUUAUCUAUAGCUGAAGCAUAUAUGGGACCAUGAGGGGUGGCAGUUCUUACAUUUGAAUCCGCAUGGGUCUCAUUGCCAAGUUUGGCAAAAUUUGGGAUUCAGAUGUAAAGAUCUUGUCAAGCACGUUUUGAAAUGGCCACCUUGUUUCCUUCUUCUGUGAGUCUAUGCAACAGUGCACUGGAUCAAAUGAUCACCUACUUCAAGGCCUGAUGGACUGUUCCAGGCCAGACUAGGACUAGUUUCAAUGGUGGGACCAAAUACAGUUCUUAAACCGUGGCCUGCAUAGGUUUGUCCCAUUGUUUAAGUAAUAGUAAAAAUGUUGGACAGGUGACACCACUAAAGCUCCACGCUGUAGUGAAGAUCCAGUAGCAUCGCUUCAAUUCAGUAGAAGGACUUA